AUGGACGCCCAGCGCGCUGAGGUGCGCGCCUUGGAGGCGGAGAUUGCUGCGCUGCAGCGAGCGUGCAGCGAGCUGCCUGCGCCCUGGGAAGGGACGGCCAGAGACCGAAAAUCAUUUCAAGAAACAUACCAAUCAGAUACUAAGAAAUGUGAAUCUUCAAAAGAUCUAAAAAGUCAGCUUGGACAUUUAAAAUCAGAACUUUCAUUUCUAAGUACACUUACUGGCUUCAAUAUAAGAAAUUAUGCCAAGCAGACAGAGGACCUAACAACAACUGAGAUGACAGAAAAAGGUAUAAAGAAAGUUCUACAGAGACACAGAUUAUCAGGAAAUUGCCACAUGGUUACAUUUCAACUUGAAUUUCAAAUUCUAGAAAUUCAGGCUAAGGAGAAUUUAUCUUCUGUCAUUACUGAGCUCAACAUAAUAAUGGAACCCACAGAAUAUUUAGAAUUAAGUGAAUUUGUAUCUAGAGCUGAAGAAAAAAGAGAUUUAUUCAUGUUCUUCCGAAGCCUACAUUUUUUUGUGGAGUGGUACAAGUGUCGUAAGCGCACAUUUAAACAUUUUAAGGAGAAGUACCCCGACACUGUGCACCUCCCGGAGGGGUCCUGCUCCAGCUGCAUGGAGAUCCGCAGCGCCAGGAGGCCAGGGUUUGAACUGGUGAUUGUUUGGAGAAUACAGAUAGAUGAAGAAGGGAAGGUUUCACCAAAGCUGGACCUGCUCACCAAAGUCCCUCAGCGAGCUCUGGAGCUGGACAAGAACAGAGUCCUAGAAACCGCUCCUCAGAGCUUCCGAACCCUGCUAGAAGUGCUUGGAAUUGAAGCCGCUCUAGAAAGCCUGAUAAAAUUACUUUGUGCAGAGAAUGACUAG